AUGGCUUCUGAAAUCGACAUCUUCAACGAAUACCCACUAUACAUGGACCCCAGCACAAAAGCCAUCUCCCUCCUCCCAUCAUCAUCCCAAACCGCCUCCCAAAAGGCCGCCAUCACCGCCGAACUCACUGAACUCAACGAUCUUCACCGAUCCCUCAUCAGCCUCGAUUCUCCCAACAUCCCUCCCCCUCCUCUCCCCGUGAAUCCCAAGCGCAGUGCACAGAUAACCAAGCUCCGCGACUCAGGCAAUGCCGCCUACCGCAAGUCCAACUACGCCGACGCCAUCCGCCUCUACACACUCGCCAUCGAAAUGGCCGUUUCCCGGCCGGGCUGGGAGCCCGUAACGCUGGCCCGCGAAGAACUCGCCGGUCUGUAUGGGAAUCGGGCCCAGGCGCAUCUGGGGAUGCGGGCCUGGCCGGAGGGAUUGUGCGACGCAAAGGCGAGUGUGGACUCGAAGCCCGUGGGCAAUGUGAAGGCGUGGUGGCGCUUGUCCAAGUGCUUGGCGGAGAUGGGUCGAUACACAGAGGCCAAGACGUUCUUGCUCAAGGGGAUUGAGAUCGAGGGUAGGGAGAGUGAGGGUGGGAGGGAAUUGGUGCAGUUGUUGGGGGAUGUAGAGGCUGCGUUGCAGAGGGCGGAUUAG